GAGACUACUUGGUUCUGUACAAUUUUUCUGAUGUUCAUUUUCCCCCUCAUGCCCUUCAUAGAUCUCAAUGAUAAUAAUAACAAUAGUAAGACAUACCUGUGAAUGACUAUCUGUCCCUCUAACUGUCUAUGUGAUGUCAGCGCGGGGCGUCACGUUGAGCACCACAAUAUGAUGAGUCCGGAGGAAUGCUUUGCUCCACACCUGCCGAGGGAGCGUGGCACACCGUUCAGUGUUUCCUGCGGUGCCCGAGCGCAAGGAAAGGGCCGCUGCUGCCUCCCAGGGCCUCAGCCGCGUCAUCGCCUGCACGUGUGGAGGUGUAACGGGGAAGGUGUCUCCUGCUGCCUUGUAAUUAUUUCCCCGAUGGCGGAUAAGGAGGGUCGCGUCGGGGUGUUCGUGGUGGCCGUGUUCAUCCUGGUGGCUGCCACGGCGCCGCUCCAGAGCCACGGGGCGGAGGAACCCUUGGACAAAGACGGGAAAGUUCUGAAGCAACUCAUCAGCCACAACAAGGACCUCAGCGGCCGCCUAACACUGGCCAUGGGGGACAUUCUGCGCAGGCGACAAACCAGCGGGUGCACCUUAGGUCUGUACGAGGCGCAGAAGUCGGCGACGAAGAAGGCCCAGCUCUUAGCGCGGGAGUUGGCCGUCAUUGCCAUCAGCUUGUACAAGGAGACCCGCAGAUUCCAGGCGCCGGAGCUUGGCACUUGCACGAACCAAUGUCUGGAGAACGAGUGGCUGUGCAAGACCGGCAAAUGCAUCCCGCUGGCCCAACGCUGCGACGCCAAGAACGACUGCGGGGACAUGUCCGACGAGGGCCCCUACUGCAUGGCUGGAUGCGGGCCGGACAGUUUCAGGUGCCCGACUGACAACAAGUGCCUCCCCUACUCGGCCAGGUGUAACGGCGUGCCUGACUGUACCUACGGCAUCGAUGAAUACUGCCAGACCUCGUGUGGCAGCGGGCAGUUCUUGUGCCUCCGCGACCAGCGCUGCAUUGACCACCACUGGACUUGCGAUGGUCACCUCGACUGCUCAGACGGCGCCGACGAGAAGCUGUGUGGAUGGAAGGAGAGCGUGGCGACAAACACAUCACAGCUCAACAGUCCUCGUCUAAAAGUCUGUCAGCAUGGGGAGUUCCGGUGUGCGACGGGGAACACCUGCAUCCCCUUACACCUGGUCUGUGAUUACGCUUUGAACUGCGGCGACGGAAGUGACGAGAGAAACUGUCCUGUGAUUACCACACCGGCACCCACUACGAUACCUCAGCGGAUGUGCCCACCGAACAUGUUCCAGUGUGCUUCGACGCAGAGGUGCAUCUACUCCUGGUGGAGGUGUGACGGCCACAGCGAGUGCGAGGACGGGAGCGACGAGCUGGCCUGCCCGCACGGGACAAAGUGUGGCAAAAACCACUUCUUCUGUUUACGAGACAAAACUUGCAUUGCGGCCAACCGCCGGUGUGACGGGGUGACGGACUGCUCUGACACCAGCGACGAGGUGGGCUGUACCCCGCCACCACCACCGCCGCUACCACAACCAGUGACGCUGCCGCCGAGGGUGAAGUUUUGCCACCACGGAGAGUUCCGCUGUGUGAGGGACAACAGCUGCAUCCCCUCACACUUGGUUUGCAACUAUGUCCUCAACUGUAACGACGGAAGUGACGAGAGCAACUGUCCGGCGACCACCACACCAGCGCCCGCCUCGACCACUCAGUCGGUGUGCUCCGGGUUCAAAUGCCGGUCCGGUUGGUGCAUCCCUAACGAGUACGUGUGUGACGGUUACCGAGACUGCUUCGGAGCCGACGACGAGCGGAACUGCGACUCACGAACCACACCCACAACCUCAACCUCAACCACACCCACAACCUCAACCUCAACCUCAACCACACCCACAACCUCAACCACACCCACAACCUCAACCACACCCACAACCUCAACCUCAACCACACCCACAACCUCAAUUUCAACCACAACCUCAACCACAACUACCGAAGGCGUCACUGAAACGACGACCGAGCCGGGGAUACGUUUCGGAGUGACCUCGACAACACCCUUCUUCGUCCCCGUCACCUUCGACACUCCCACCUCCACCACAACAAGCACCACCACCACAACCACCCCUGCAACCACCACCACCACCACUCCCAUGACGGCGGCAGAUCAAGUGGCUGACGUGACAUGCAACGCUGGCUCCAUCCCCUGCACAGCCGAAAGUUGCAUCCAUGAGCGCCUUGCCUGCUCCAGGCUUGCCCGAACCGUGUGCACCAUUAUGACGAAGGCGGUGCAAGAGACGUGUGAGCUAUGUCUUGCAAGUGGCGUGAGGGGAGGAGACUGCUUCGACAGGUCCGGACUUAGUGUCAAAAGGUGCAGAAAUUGGGGUUGGAGCUCAUCAAAGUGCCAAACCCUCAUAAAUCGGUUCAAGUUCCACCAACAUCACAAAGGCUGAGGGAGUGGCUGUCCAGCUGGUUGCUUUGCCUGGAGGCAGGGCGGCAGGGCCAGGGGUGAUACAGCGCAUGAUGCUGGCCAUUGUUAGAAGAUUUGUCAGUUUUGUGACAUGAAAGAAUGAAAAAACAUGUUCCUCUGGCCCCAAGGUCAUCGGAUAUAAUUUAUGACAUAAUGCACAGAGUUUGUUCUUAAAAUGCUUUUUGCAUGUGCUGUAGAAGCAAUCUUGUCUUUAACGUGUUAAGAAUAUUUCAAAGGUGGCAAAUUAGAUUACUUAACUUAAAGACAUGACAGCAUGACGUUAAUGCAUACCAAAACUGUUUUGUUAGGGCAUUGAAGAUGUAGAAACGUAAGGAGUUUUGAUCUUUCUAUGCAACUUCUCUUUAAACAAAUACCUACAUGAACCGAAGCUAAGUUAUUAGUGUACAUGGCGUAUUAGUGGUAUACAUAAAUAUUUUUCAUUCCCAAGUGAUAGAUAGCACCAUAAACAAUAUUGGAAGUGUGCAUGACUAGGUUUGAGUUUGUUUGCUGAGACAGAUGUGUUACUCUCCAUUUCCGCAAUCUAUAAUGCCAUGAAUAUUUUCAGUGGUCCCUUCUAAGUAACACUAGUUUCGUUAAAUGAGUGUGUCUACAUAUCCAUCUGAAUUUGUUGUAUACUCUGUAUAAUGCUGAACUGAUAUUCUUAUUAAGUUCCAGCUGUCUUAUGCAUGUAUUAAGAUGUUUAUCAUGCUAGCAUCAAACUAUCACUGGGCUAUUUCACGGAUUUAAAGUAUUAUCAGCCAGCGUAAACGGUGAUACUGGCAGGGAGUUCCCUGAUGUCUCUAAUGUAGUGGAACAGCAGGGAUUUGGAAGUGAAGAGAAGUAUAUAAGAGACGAAUAACUUCACACCUGGAGUUUGUUAUUUUUACCCUUACUGUAUCGGGUUUAGAAGUUCUUUUAACAAUGCAGUAGUUGUGAUAGCGGCAGCCUAGCUAUAUAAAGGCAGAUGAUAGUAAUAAGUCACUUACAUGAAUGUGUAGGCUACAGGGUAAGCAUGGAUGAGCGGGCCUAUAGUAGUCGCCGUCCUUGCCCACGACCCCACAGUCAAUCAAUCAAUGGGGGCAUACACCUCGCCCACCCUACGACGCCAGACCCGGGGGUCCCUCCGGGGGAGUCUCCAUGAAGGCCCCUUUCUCAUCCGAAGCACUUCCUUUUUUUUUCAGUCAAGGGUAUAGUACGAAGAGGAAGUGGAUUAGUUGUGAAGGUACAAGUGGGGGAAUAGGAAAGACAGUAGGAGUGUAUCUACAGUUGUUUGGUCACUUUGGUGUAGGUUUGUUAGUUAGCAGCUUACUUCCCCAGUCUCCCCGGUGCCCCUCUACCCCAACGCUUCCAUUCAUUUCAUUCAUUCAUUUCAUUUCUAGGGGACCGGCGGAGGGCCACUCUCAGGUGGCAUGAUAUGCGGAGAUUGUGCGGGGAAUUCAAGGGGCCAGGACAGGAUUAGAAUAAGGGUUAGGAUGAGGAAAGGUAUUGGGAUAUGGUAAAGGGCCAGGAUUAGGGAGAAUAUGAUUGAUGAUCCUAUUCCUAAAUGUGUCAAGAGUGGGACUAUUAACUACAUGAGAUGGGAGAUGAUUCCACUCUUGGAUGCUGCGGGGAAAGAAUGAAUAUUUGAAUAUACUUGUGUUAGUCUGGUAAGUGUGGUAUUUAAGGUUGUGGCUGCCUCUAGUGGAUCGUGUAGUUGUAGGGUGUAAUUUGUAAAUAAGUGUCUUUGUUUAUGUCUCCUAAAUUGUUUGUGAUUUUAUAGAGCAUUUGUUGUCUGUGUAUUUGUCUUCGUGUUGCUAAUGGGUCUAGUUUUAUGUCUUGUUUAAAGCAAAGUGACUGAUGUAGUGUGUCUGUAAUCACGUCUGGCCCAUCUUGCAGCUUUGUUUUGUAUGGCCUCUAAUUAUGUUAUUGUUAGUGUGUGGGUCCCAGACUGUGUCACAAUAUUCUAUGUGUGGCCGAAAGAGUGUUUUAUAUGCAAGAAUUUUGAUGUCUGUGUUACACCUGCUAAGGUUCCAAAGCAGGAACUCUGUGAGGUCUCCGGUUUGUAAUGUCUGUGAGAAUAUAACCUGCAGGAUAGGCGCAAGAAUGCAAGAAUUAGCUUUUAGUGUCCUGCAGGUGUUAUGCAGUCAUUCCUACCAUUGUAUCUUUUUAGUUUCAUGCUGCUAUACCGACACAUGUAUUACUAUAGUUGUAUAAUCACAUUCCGCCCUGCCUGGGGGUUGGGAUGGCAUAUAUGCUCCUCCCUUCUCCCUUGUUUACCUGCAACAAUAAACUAUUAAUCAAUCAAUCACUUUUAUUUUCAGUAUUACAUCACUUAAGCACUUCAUCCUGCAGGGUAUUCCACCAGCUGGCAACACUGCGCGAAGGUAAACAACACCUCCAGGUCACGUCACCACAGCGGCGGGGACUGCGAUGUCACUUGUAGCCUCGGCCGUGCCCCUCCUCGCCCCCUCGCCCUGAGUUAACAGGUUCUAAUGCAGAAAACCAGCAGUGAAAAAGUUGCUACUUCUGACAAGAUGGCCAGCUCAUCAGAUCCAUCAAAAUCCAGCAACUCAGCUCUGACAAACGUAGCACCUCCAUCAGCCCUUCCUUCCUUUCUUACCUCACCUCUCCCAUCAGCUGCUCCCCCCUCUGCUCCUCCUUCUGGCCCAUCCCCUCCUCCUAACGCUGCUGUUCCUCCCG